CUUGCUCCUUGUCGGUGGGAGAGUUCAAAAGCUUUUUCUGUCAAGAGCCAAAGUGCACGAGAAACAAGAACAAAGCAAAAUAAUAAAAGAGAAAAUGGAGAAAAAUCCGUGGGCUUUCACGAGGGCAAAACGACCUCUUCUGACAGGCUCGUCGUCCAAGAUUGCAUGCAUGUCCGCAUUGCCCCCGUAUUGUGAUCGUGGCCGUGAUCCCCGCCCUGUUAAACCUCCCUACCAUCUAGCCCAAAUCCAUCGCCAAUCCAACCCUCUUUGCUGUCCCUUGUAGUUUUUCCCCUCCACCACCGACUGCAUGUUGUCCCUAAGCCCCUUUCUCCCUGAACAAUGGCACCACCCUCCGCCCCCCCGAGCCUUUUCCCUAACUCCACAGUUGACCUGGCCGUGUUCUCUGCUCCCCUGUAUGUUAACAAUGCCAUGCCCAUGCCUGUAUGUGCCGGAAGUUGAAAGAGAGAAGAAGAAGGAAAAAGGAAGGAAAAUUGUUUGACUGCCUCAAACAUCAUCAUCAUCGUAGUUCGUAGUCGUCGUCGUCGUCUUCUUCUUUAUCAUUUC